UCUUGAGACCAAGUUCCAACGUUCUUACGAUCAAUUGUGUGGUGUUGUACGUACCUACUAUGUUGGUUGUAGCAUACCGGUUAGUGCUUUGUGGAUAAUAGUGGCAUCUAGAAGUACUUAAUAGAAUAAGGCGCUCGAUAAUUUGCGGAAAUCAUUAUAACUAAAGGUUAAUGUAAAAGUUUAAUGUUUUGUGACAUAAUGUUUAGUAUUACUUAUUGUCAAUAGUAAAAACUGUGUUGUUUUAUUGAAAAGUGUUGUGUUACAGUUGUGUCAGUUUUAUCUGCGGUUUUAGUGAUUAAUUUAUAAAUCAUGGCAUAGAUACGUGAGUGAAGUUAGAACUUUGAAGGAUUCUAAUAUUGUAAGUUACUGUUAUUCAUAACAUAUAUUAUGUGGCUGCAAAGCGGAUGGUAUGUACACCAACCGUUCAUAUUAAAGUGAAGUGAAAAACUUACACAAGUACCUACUCCACAAGUUGGACAAACACAAGACCCGAGUCAGAAGUAAGUUAUUGUAGAUUUGCCGCAAAUGGCAUUAACUACUUGGCCGGACAAAUGGGAAGCACUGAAAGCUCUCACCCAUUAAGUAUACAUGCAUACAUAAACUCGCGCCUAUUUCCCACCGGGGUAAGCAGAUACUAUGGAAUCCCAUUUACUUAGAUCCUGACACAGUUCUCUUGCUUCCUCCACGUUCAUCAAUCGUGUCAUACACGCACGCCGGUUCAGAGUAGAUCGCACUGAACCUAAAAAAGAAACCAAGCAUGCAGCAAUCACUUCUGAUCUUAUGGCUCUACAUACUACAUACGGAAGUAGUGUGGUGUAUCUUCACGCCGGUGAUCCAAAUCGAGCAGGGCAGAGUGAGAGGGGUCCGCAGCGUGUCCGGACAGAACCGGUACUAUGGCAUACCGUACGCCGUCAGCGAGAGGUUUCAACCGCCACAAGAGCCACCGCAAUGGGACGGCGUGUACACGGCAGUCAGCCGGCUGCGGCACUGCGCACAGACUGUGUCCUUCUUCACCACCACCAACGAAGACUGCCUCCACCUGGACGUCUACUCGCCCGAGACCGCAAGAACAGCUGAUCGCCUCCCCGUGCUGGUCUUCAUACACGGAGGAGGAUAUUACUACGGGACUAAAGCCCACUACGAUCCUGAAUUCUUGGUCACCAAAAACGUCGUUGUGGUUGUGAUCAACUACAGACUUGGAGUAUUCGGAUUCCUAUGCGCCAAUGGUAUUGCUAAUCUUGGACUGAAAGACCAAGUGGCUGCAUUGAGGUGGAUAAAGAAAAAUAUAGCGGCAUUUGGAGGUGACCCCGAUAAUGUGACGAUAUCGGGACAGAGUGCUGGAGCGAGUGCCGCCGCUAUGCACAUGCUCUCAAGAGCUAGUAAGGGAUUGUUCCACAAAGCCAUACUAAUGAGUGGCACUUCAUUAACGCCGUGGGCCUUUAAUGUGGAGCCCCUUCGACCAGCCUUUGAAGAUGCUGCCAAACUAGGAAGAGUCAAAACGGAAAAAGAUGUCUUUGAUAUAUUUUCUAACUCCUCAGUGGAAGACAUCUUACCAACGUGUGCUGAUGUCUCCACCAAUACAAGAUACUUCAAGUACGCACCGUGUGUUGAUUCUGACACCGCUGAUCCUUUCUUUCAUGACACUCCACACAACAUCAUCAAAUCCGGUGACUUUAAUAAAGUACCUACAAUAAUCGGUUUCGCAAAUGUCGAAGGCAUGCUGUUCUACGGGAUCAACAACGACAGAAGUUUCAAAGACCUGAACGACAAUUUCAUCGAUAAAUUACCUUCAAUAUUCUCCUGGCAGUCGAAGAAGAUAAGACGAAGUUUAGCGAAGAAAAUCCGGAGUCAUUACUUUGGGAAGAAGAGGAUUGAUCGGGCAGCGGUGAGAGGCGUAGUGGAUUACUAUUCUGACUGGCUGGUGUACGGAACGAACGAGGCGUAUAUCGAACUAAUGAAGAAACAUUCAGAUGCGCCUAUAUACAGCUAUAUGUUCGCCUACGAAGGUGGAAGGAACUUUGCCAAGUUCUUAUUCGGAGGAAGCACUGGUCUGGACGGAGCGUCGCAUUCCGAUGACAUCUUCUACAUCUUCAAGCCCGGAGGGCUGUCACUCCUGCUCUCAGCCGCUGACAGACUCUUCAUCGACAGACUAACUACCAUGAUUACCAACUUCAUGAAAUACGGAGACCCGACUCCAACGAAAACCACGUUGCUCCCUGUCCGCUGGCCAGCUCACGACAACUCCUCGAGGCUGCUGCGCUUGGACCGCCAGUUUGUGGUGGAGGAAACCCAGCAUACACACCGCGGACGGUUCCUGCUCGAUGUCAUCUGCUCAUAUGGGCAUCCUGGACACGUGCCCUGUGAGAACACACGCCAAUAGGGCGACAUAUCACAUUACUAUCAGGGAUAACAGACUCCGGGUCAUUCACCAGCCAUCUUCAUCAUUAUCUCACAACAUAACUUAAGCUCAUGACUAUGCAGUCAUAGCGGGAUAUCCCAAUGAGAUAGUCAAAGGUCCAUCCAUCGCAAGAUGAACUAAGAACCCUUACCUUACCGACUUUUCUGUUAGAACAUCGUGAUUGGGGAAUUCGAACCGUCGCUCUUCGUUUGAGAAGCAAGCCAGUGUACAGUCGUGAGCAAUAUCAUGUACCUACUUUAGAACCCUGUCGCACUAUCAUAUUUGACAUUUAACAAGACUUACGGUUUAAUUUGUCAAAAAAGUUAAUGUGACACGCUUUCAAAGUUUAUACAUAUUAGUACUCGUGACCGUACCACAGGACCACAGUGACUUUAUCAUUAUCUCCCCCUAGCAACGCUAUGCUGUUUUCACAGAGUCCGCUGACCUAACCUGAAUAUUUGACAGGUCAGGUUUUAUACAGAAGCGACUGCCUGUCUGACCUUUCAACCCGCGAAGGGAAAACCAGUCCAAUACAGGUUACGUCACAUACCAUCGAAACGUAUCGGGUAGUGGGAUUCCUCACUUUUUUUUUGUGAGAAGUGAAAAAUGUUUGUGGCUUUGUGAACGUGACACUAGUGAAAAA